CACGCCGCGCCCGAAUAAGGCCCCGCCCCGGCCUCGCCCCCGGCACGCUUGGCUUCUGUGGGCGCCGAGGGGGACACACAUGGCUCGCGAGCUGCGGACGCUGCUGCUGUGGGGCUGCCGCCUGCGGGCCCCGGCGCUGGCGGUCGCCCGGGGAGGAAAACCAGUUCUGUGUCCUUGGAGGCCCCCAGCCCAGUCCUGGAGUCCCAGGCAAAACCUGGCUUCAAGCUCCCACGUUGGACGGCUGUUCAGCUCCCAGGCUGCUGAGGACCGGAAGGAGGAGCCCCUGCACUCCAUCAUCAGCAGCUCGGAGACCGUGCAGGGUUCUGUUUCCAAACAUGAGUUCCAGGCUGAGACAAAGAAGCUUCUGGACAUCGUUGCCCGUUCCUUGUACUCAGAAAAAGAGGUGUUCAUACGGGAGCUGAUCUCCAAUGCCAGCGACGCCUUGGAAAAGCUGCGUCAUAAGCUGUUGUCUGAAGGCCAGACGCUGCCGGAAAUGGAGAUUCACUUGCAGACUGAUGCCGAGAAAGGCACCAUCACGAUCCAGGACACUGGCAUCGGGAUGACACAGGAGGAGCUGGUGUCCAACCUGGGAACCAUUGCCAGGUCGGGGUCGAAGGCCUUUCUGGAUGCGCUCCAGAGCCAGGCGGAGGCCAGCAGCAAGAUCAUCGGCCAGUUUGGAGUGGGUUUCUACUCGGCCUUCAUGGUGGCUGACAGAGUCGAGGUCUAUUCUCGUUCAGUGGACGCAGGCAGCCCUGGGUACCAGUGGCUUUCAGACGGAACUCGCCUUCCUUCUCCCGCGUGUCUUAGCUCUGGGGUGUUUGAAAUCGCCGAAGCCUCAGGAGUUAGAACCGGGACCAAAAUCGUCAUCCACCUCAGGGCAGACAGCAGAGAGUUCACCAGCGAGGCUCGGGUUCGAGAUGUGGUGACAAAGUACAGCAAAUUUGUCAGCUUCCCCUUGUACAUGAAUGGAAGGCGCCUUAAUACCCUGCAGGCCAUCUGGAUGAUGGACCCCAAGGAUGUGGGCGAGGGUCAGCAUGAGGAAUUCUACCGCUACAUCGCUCAGGCCCAUGACAAGCCCCGCUACACCCUGCACUACAAGACGGACGCACCUCUCAACAUCCGCAGCCUCUUCUACGUGCCAGAAACGAAACCAACCAUGUUUGACAUGAGCCGGGAGCUGGGCUCCAGUGUCUCGCUGUACAGCCGCAAGGUCCUCAUCCAGACCAAGGCCACCAACAUCCUGCCCACGUGGCUGCGCUUCAUUCGAGGUGUGGUGGACAGCGAGGACAUCCCCCUGAACCUCAGCCGGGAGCUCCUCCAGGAGAGUGCGCUGAUCAGGAAACUCCGGGGCGUUCUACAGCAGAGGCUAAUAAAAUUCUUCAUUGACCAGAGUAAAAAACAUGCUGAGAAAUAUGCCAAGUUUUUUGAAGAUUACGGCUUGUUCAUGAGGGAGGGCAUCGUGACCACGGCUGAGCAGGAGGUCAAGGAGGAUAUUGCAAAGCUGCUGCGGUACGAGUCGUCGGCACUGCCUGCUGGGCAGCUGACCAGCCUCCCAGACUACGCCAGCCGCAUGCAGGCCGGCACCCGCAGUAUCUACUACCUGUGCGCCCCCAACCGGCACCUGGCGGAGCACUCGCCCUACUAUGAGGCCAUGAAGUGGAAAAACACAGAGGUUCUCUUCUGCUACGAGCAGUUUGAUGAGCUGACCUUGCUCCACCUUCGUGAGUUUGACAAGAAGAAGCUGAUGUCUGUGGAAACGGACAUCGUUGUUGACCACUACAAGGAGGAGAAGUUUGAGGACGGCUCCCCAGGUCGGCUUGCUUCCCUUCUCUCUGGGCACAGCUGGCGACCGUCUGUCAGAGAAGGAGACAGAGGACCUGAUGGCCUGGAUGAGAAACGCGCUAGGGUCCCGUGUCACCAACGUGAAGGUGACUCCUCGGCUGGACACCCACCCUGCUAUGAUCACGGUGCUGGAGAUGGGGGCCGCCCGGCACUUCCUGCGCAUGCAGCAGCUGGCCAAGACCCAGGAGGAGCGUGCUCAGCUGCUGCAGCCCACGCUGGAGAUCAACCCCAGGCACACACUCAUCAAGAAGCUCAGUCAGCUGAGAGAUAGCGAGCCUGACCUGGCCCAGCUGCUGGUGGAUCAGAUCUACGAGAAUGCCAUGAUCACAGCGGGGCUGGUCGACGACCCCCGACCCAUGGUCAGCCGCCUGAACCACCUGCUCAUCAAGGCCCUGGACCGACACUGACAGCUGUGAAAGCCCCAGGUCCUCCUGCCCAGGGUUGGGGGGGGUGGGUGGAUGGGGACGAUGACAAAGGACUGGAUGCUGCCAAUGAGAACAGCUACUUUUGAGCUUUAUUCACUUAAAAUGUAUUCUUA